AUGAAAAAAAGCACCAAAGGGCAUCGGGGUACAGUGCGCUGGUGGCGGCACGUAAUGGAAAACGCAUUACAGUACGGAGCAGACAGUUUGUGCGCAAAGCAGGUCCUGAAUGGACGGAUUCUUGUGUAA